UAUUAAACGCAACGGAUAGAAAACAAGGAACACGUAAGGUAGUCCUCUAGAGUCUGGACUGUAGAUGGCUUCCACAUCUCUGCCACUCAUCAAUGGAGGCAUCAUUUUCUCCUCUCAAUACUCAUCCCUUUCCAAACACUACCACUCCGCAACUCCCCUCAAGCGGGGAUUGAGAAGAGACCAAGACACCAGCAUGGUCAUUAACAGAACCAGAGGACAAGCAUUUCAAAUCUUGGCUAAUCCCAAUGUGUCUUCAGGGAAACGAGGCUCGGUUAAGGAAGUGAUCAUGGUUGAUCCUUUGGAAGCCAAGCGGUUGGCUGCCAAACAAAUGCAAGAAAUUAAAGCAAAACAGAAAUUCAAGAAGAGAUGCGAAAUUGAAGCAAUUAACGGAGCUUGGGCAAUGAUUGGUCUUACAGCAGGUUUGGUAAUUGAAGGUCAGACUGGAAAAAGUAUUUUGGCUCAGUUGGCAGGAUACUGGAGCAUUGUUGUCAGUUUUUUUGUGCAGUAAUUGUAAAGUUUGAGAAAUUGCAGAUUUUUUCUCAAAUAAUUCUUUAAAACUGAUGCUGUGAGCCUGUGAGUUCUUUCCAAUGAUGUUGCUUCUGUCCACAAUUCUUAUACCAUUUUAUUUGAUUUGCUACUCAUUACAUUGUAAAAAUUCUUCCUUCUGGCACUCUAUAAUCAGAUUCUAACAUGCCAAAACAAUGUCCUAAAUCUUACCACUCUGUUAGAGCCCCCCAUUCAUCUUAUGUGAAAAUGACAUGUUUUUUGUGAAAGUUCUGGUUUUUAAGUCGUACUUGUUAAUUACAAUAGCACCCAUCAUGAUUUAACGUUCA